GAAUAAUUAAGGAAGAAUUCCCAGAAUACAGUAAAAAUUAAACAUAAUUCCCGGAAUACAUAUGUUUUAUAAAAUUUUCCCAAACUACCCAAGUUUCAAAGGGUUCGAGUCCCAUAAACUCGAACUACUCACCAGUUCGACGAUGGAGAACUCGAACUAAAAUAGGAUCGAGUUUUAAAAACUCGAUCAACAUUAGUUCGAUUUUGGAGAACUCGAACAACGUAGAUCGAUGACAAAGGAUUCGAUCUUAAUAGAUCGAGUAUAGACAACUCGAUCCCGUUAGAUCGACGCCUAAAACCUCGAUGUAGUGCAACGACUUUAAUGCAUUCGAUCAUUAUCUGCACUAGAUCGAUGCGCUAUGACUCGAACUACCAAAAUCGAUUCCAAUGGGCUCGAACCACUGGCCCACCGACAUGCUUCAGGAUAGGGUUGCAGGGAUAAGAUUCUUUGUUGUCAUAGAUCGAGUUUUAGGGACUCGAACUAGUGUAGUUCGAUUACACUAAACUCGAACUACUGCUCAAUCAUUCUGUCCAGUCGCUUUCGGUCUGACAUGCUCCAGAAUAGGGUGCAGGGGGGAAAUUAUUGGUUGACAUAGAUCGAGUUUAAUGAACUCGAACUAGUGUAGUUCGAGUGUUUUGGACUCGAACCACACCAACAAUUUACGAGGAUAAAAAACCAUCACUUAGCACAUUCUGGCAGCUCUCUUCCUUUCUAUCUUCUUUCUUCCAAACACAAACUGCAGCUGCUGGAGCACCAUAGCUGAGCAAAGAAGAAAAUUUUUGGAGGUAAGUUCUGCUUACUUUGUUUGAAUGAGCAUAUUAGAAUUUUGGAUUAAUUUAGUAUUGUUUGUACUGUAUGUAAUGAGCUGCUUGUAUAAACUGCAGAAAUGGGUAGAAAAUUUCGAAAAUUCGACUUAAAGAUUCGGUGGAAUGGUCGAAUUACACAUUUUCAUGAUAGUAUUGACUACGAAGAUGGUGAAUCAAGUAUUGUCCGGAUUGAGAGCAUAUUUGCUUGGCAAGAACUCAGUCAUAUUUGUGCGGAACGAUGCUGCAUAGGAGGGCGAAGAGUAUGCAAGAUGACUUACCGUAUGUCGGUUUACAAGGAUUAUGCACUUGUAUAUGAAGGAUCAGUUUUGUCUGACGAUGAUGACAUUAAUAUGAUGGUGAGAUUUAUUGCAGAGAACAGAUUUCCAACUGCUGAGGUGUAUGUCGAGACAGAGGUUUUUGGCCAAUAUGGUGGCGGCGGUUAUACCGAACACGGUGAAGGAUCGGGAGGGUUUUCCGGUUCAGGAGAUUUCAGAGUCCGGCAUGAUGCACCAUGGCCAACAUACGAGGAUCGAACUACAAUUGGUCCAUUGGUGGAACAUGACGGACAGGAGUGGCCAGUAUGGGGUGAAGAAUGGGAUUACAUAAGGGCACCCAGACAGUCACCCAGACAAGCAUCUACACCAGCAUCUGGCAACAACAAUGAUCCAUAUGUGGAUAAACCAAGUCCUCCGUACACUAGCGAGGCAAGCGACAUGGAAGAUGAAGAGUUAGAAUCAAUGAGUAGUUCAGAUGGUGAAGAUCUGGAAGUUGAUGAGGGGGAAUUUGAGCCCCCCACACCUCACUACACGAUGGUGCCACAACAUCCUCUCUAUGCUCACAACGACGAUCCUGACCUCCCUCCUAUACCAAUCUGGACUCCUGACUCUGGAUUCGUGGUUGGCCAAACAUUUGGAGGAAAGCCUCAGGUGGUCGAUGCAUUGAAAGAAACUGCUAUGCGAAGAAGCUUUCAAUAUCGUGUCAUCACUUCUGUCACUAAACAAAUUCAUGUUCGUUGCGAGAACCAUGGCGACGGAUGCAUGUGGCAUGUUCGGGCGGCAUGUGUUAAAAGAAAUGGGGCUUGGCUCAUUCGUAAGAAAGACAACAACCACACUUGUAGGUCGUCACUGAUUUCUCUAGAUCACCGACAAUUGAGUGCAAGGAAGGUUGCACAAACAAUCAAACAUCAGAUUGAGGCACAACCUGGGAUCACCGUGAAGAGUGUCAUCGCUGAAGUGAAGAAUCGACAUGGAUAUACCAUCAGUUACAAGAAAGCAUGGCAUGGGAAGCAAAAAGCUAUGGCAGAGGUGUAUGGUGAUUGGGAAGAGUCAUUUGCUAACAUGCCUCGUUUGAUUCUUGCAAUGGAGGACAAGAAUCAUGGGUCUGUUUUUGUGCCUAGUUACGAAUAUUUCUAUGGGGGGGCUAAACGCGUGUUUAAGCGACUAUUUUGGGCAUUCAAACCAUGCAUUGAUGGUUUCACCCAUUGUCUGCCAGUAAUCCAAGUUGAUGGCACCUUUCUGACCGGCAAAUACAAGGGCACUCUACUCGUUGCCACUAGUGUUGAUGGCAGUAUGCAACUUUUCCCUUUGUUUUUGCUAUAGUUGAAUCGGAGAACAACUUAAGUUGGGCAUGGUUUUUUUCCCAACUAUACACUCGUGUCACUCAACGGAAGGACAUUGCCAUACUUUCUGAUCGACACCAUGGAAUUGCACAUGCUUUCUACGACCUGCCCGAGGAGCUAGGGUGGAAGUGGCGCUGGUGCAUACGACAUUUCAAAAGCAAUUACGGGAAGCACUUUAGUAGAACUUAUGCACAACGUGCAGUUUGGCACGCUGGUAAGAACAAAUAAGAUGUUGUGAUUAUA